CACACCAAACUUUAGACAAAACUUGAGAGCCCUGCAGUUUCAUAGAGAACAGCAGUCUGGAGGUUACUGGAAGUCAGAUCUGACUCAUCAGGGUUAUCAAGAUCAAGGUUGUCACUCACAGUGGAGAUGAUUUCCUGUAAUCGACCAGACAUUUACCUGAGAAGAAGAGUGAGACGGACUGUUCUGAUCAACUGUCUCAUUCUGACUCUAACAUCGCCAUGUCCAAUAAAGCUGAUGACCUGAGGGUCAUUCUGGUGGGUAAGACAGGAUCAGGGAAGAGUGCAUCAGGAAACACCAUCCUGGGGAGAUCUGAUGCCUUCAAGGCUGAACUUUCUAGAAACUCUGUGACCACAAAGUGUGAGAAGCAGAGUGGGGAUGUGGAUCGGAUGAAGAUCGAUGUCGUUGACUCUCCAGGGAUUGGUGAUGGGUUAUCCAAACAGAAAGUAAAGGAAGUCAAAUCUGAGUUAGUUAAGGGUCUAGGGUUGUCCUUCCCAGGACCUCAUGCCUUCCUGCUGGUCAUCAGUCUGAGGGACAGACUCACACAGGAGCAGAGGAACUGUGAGAGGUGGAUCCAGGAUAACUUUGGAGACGAGGCUGCAGGCUUCACUAUCCUGCUGUUCACUCAUGGUGACGCUCUAAUGGGAGAAACAGUAGAGAACUUUCUUCUAGAGAAUGAGGAUCUCACUAAACUAUAUCACCGCUGUGGGCGCAGAUAUCAUGUCCUUGAUAACGAAGCCAGAGGUAACACCACCCAGGUCCCAGAGCUGCUGGAGAAGAUAAGGAGGAUGGUGGAGGGGAACGGAAGAAGGCACUACACCUACAACAUGUACAAGAAGGCCCAGGAAGCAUUGAAAUUGCCAUUUGAAUUAAUGUAUGGAACAGUACUACUAGUAGUAGGUUUAUUCAUGAUGACAUUGGCUUCCCGAAUUCCUGGUUGAUCCUCUCUCCUGCGAUUCUCAUCAUUUGGACUUUUACAUUUAAUUGAACAUCAUUUUACAUGUUCAGUUUUUUGUUCAAUGUCACAUGGAGGAAUCCUCAUAUUAAUCUUCACUAAAAUGUAAAAUGACCUAAAUCAUCUAAAUCAUCAUAGAUUAAUACCAGAAUAAAAAAGAAAAAAAAUGUAAUGUGAAUUUUCUAAAUGUCAGUUACUUUGAUUACAUAUGUUGUAAUACGUUUUCAAUGUUGUUACAUAUUAGUGUUUUAUUUACUUUCCUUGUAUGUGUAUUUACUUGUGAUUCUUAGACUAAAGCGCAAAAUAAUUUACUUCAAAUUUGACUUCUUUCUCAGAAGGUGUUAUUCACUAAAAGUAAAGAUAAGACAUUGAAGGUUACCGGAAAGUAAAUAGGAAUAUUAUGGAACUGGUUAAGGAAUGUUUGUACAUGAAUGACCUUUUGGCGUUUGACCUAGAGGUAAUAAAGA